AUGGUAUCCCCGACUUCACCCGUGGUAAACAUAUACCCCCUCUCGAGCUACACUUUCGGGAUGAAGGAGCCGAAGAUGGAGAAGGAUACCUCCGUCGCCGAUCGGCUCGCUCGAAUGAAAGUGAAUUAUAUGAAGGAGGGAAUGAGGACGAGCGUUGAAGCAAUCCUUCUGGUACAAGAACACAACCAUCCCCAUAUACUGCUACUUCAAAUUGGAAAUACGUUCUGUAAGCUUCCUGGUGGGCGCUUGAAACCUGGAGAAAAUGAAAUUGAGGGCUUAAAGAGGAAGCUGUCCAGUAAACUUGCUGCGAAUUCAUUAGCUCACCAGCCAAAUUGGCAGAUUGGAGAAUGCGCUGCAGUUUGGUGGAGGCCGAACUUUGAAACUGUGAUGUACCCAUACUGUCCUCCCCAUAUCACCAAACCAAAGGAGUGCAAGAAACUUUUCGUUGUUCACUUGUCAGAGAGGGAAUACUUUGCUGUACCGAAGAACUUGAAGUUACUUGCUGUUCCGCUGUUUGAACUUUAUGACAAUGUCCAGAGAUAUGGCCCAGUUAUUUCCACCAUCCCACAGCAAUUGUCUAGAUUCCAGUUCAAGAUGGUAAAUUCUUAAAGCUGAUUAAGCUGAAGGAAUGCUUACUUUGCUCAUAUUUCUACAGUGGAAAUUCAGUAGGAACAUUGGUAGCAUGAACUUGGAGGAUAAUUUUGAUUAAUAUUGCCAUCAUCAAAUUUCAGCUUUUUUUUAGUUUAUCUUUCUAGUGUUUAUGCUAAUGCAUAAUGUACCUUUUCAUUAUCAAUAUUUGAGCAAACUUAUUUAAGUGGCUAUUGAGAGGUAAAUUUUUUUUUUU